UCCAUACUAAUAUAUAAAGCCGAAAUAGCAAACCGCACAAAAACAGUCGGUGUUUCCUUUCCGGCGCCCGGUGCUCCUCCUCUUACCUCCGGUCUUCUCCGGUUAGGAAUUAUGGUGCAAUGGUUUGGUAAAAAUGAGCAACAAAAAUGAAGAGAAUCUUUAGAUGUGAAAUAUGUGGUGCAAUGGGUUUAUUUCAGCAGGAAAAGAGUAGAAUAGUUGAAGAUAAGAAAGAAAAUCUGAAGUAUUUGCAGAAUCUUUUUGCAUUGUUAUAGAGGUUUCCAGUAGUUGAUCCCUGCUGCUAUUUGGUUGGAAAGAAAUCUAAGGUUUUAUCUCAACGGAAGAAGAUGCAUCAACCUUUGACUCUACAUAGGCACCCUUUAUGUGCUGAUAUUAUAGAGGAGUUCCAGAAGUGUCACACGGACCACCCACUAGGAAAAUUCCUUGGGCAAUGCACGGAUCUGAAAAUAAAGCUUGACCGGUGCUUCAGGCAAGAGAAAGCUAUAAAGAGAAAAGCAAAUUUUGAGCAGAGCAAGAAGUUGAAGGAGAGGCUCCAGGCUUACAGGAAGGAAACUGCUGGCAUGCAAUCUUGACAGUGAUAGGAGGUUUGUUUUCGAGACACUGUUAUGCAUUUCAACUCAUGAACGGAAGUUUAGCGGCUGGGGUUGAUUGAGGAAAGAUUCGUGAAUAGAAUUGCCGCUUGUCUAUUCUGAUGUUUUCUUCGAUCUCCAGUAUUUAAGUCAGUUGAAGUGAAAUAAUAUGUAUAGACACAAGAACUGAUUGAUUAUAAGAGCUUCGUAUCCGACCAUUCCAUUUGGGCGGAGGUGGAUCUGGGAUUUGAACUCUAUAGGUUUGAGUUUGGAAUUUUACCACAACUCAUUUGAUUUACUAGGUUCGAAAUCUAUUAUUUGUGCUUGUUUAGCGAACUUUUCAACACAUGUAAAGGGUCUGAGCCAAAACUAUUGGGUUUAGAUGAAUUCAUAUCAUAUACACCACCACUGUAUCUGCGUGCCCGGGAAAUGUCAAAAUAAAAGUACUGAAUUGAUUGUGUGAA